AAGAAUACGAAGUAGCGAACUGACGCCGGCGCAAAAAUCUGCUCAUUAAUAAAGAAUACUAAAUUAUAUGCAAAGCAAACAAAUAGAUAUGCGUCCGCCAGAGUUUAAACUUACAAAUCCGCCUGAGGAUCUUAUAUCGGCUGUAAAGUUCGGCCCCAAGUCCAACCAGUAUUUGGUGGCUUCUUCUUGGGAUGGUACGCUUCGCUUUUACGAUGUGGCGGCAAAUUCGAUGCGCCAACGAUUUGCACAAGAUGCGCCGAUACUGGACUGCGCAUUUAUGGAUAUUGUACACGUUGUAAGCGGAGCGUUGGACAAUCGACUCCGUCUCUACGAUGUUAACACACAGAACGAAAAUGUAGUGGGCAGCCAUGAGGAACCAAUUCGGUGCGUCGAGCAUGCAGAAUUCGUCAAUGGAAUACUCACCGGAAGCUGGGACAAGUAUGUCAAGCUGUGGGACAUGCGCGAGAAGCAAUGCGUCGGCACCUAUGAGCAAAACAACGGCAAGGUGUACUCUAUGUCCGUAAUUGACGAGAAGAUUGUAGUGGCCACCUCUGAUCGCAAAGUACUUAUUUGGGACUUACGAAAAAUGGACAGUUAUAUCAUGAAGCGUGAAUCGUCGCUAAAGUAUCAGACGCGUUGCAUUCGCCUCUUCCCAAACAAGGAGGGCUAUGUUAUGUCAUCCAUUGAGGGUCGUGUGGCUGUGGAGUAUUUGGAUCACGAUCCGGAGGUGCAGAGACGUAAAUUCGCUUUUAAAUGCCAUCGCGAAAAGGACAAGAAUAUUGAGCACAUUUAUCCGGUGAAUGCGCUCAGUUUCCACAAUGUCUAUCACACAUUUGCGACUGGUGGCUCAGAUUGCAUUGUCAAUAUAUGGGAUGGUUUCAACAAGAAACGCUUGUGUCAGUUCCAUGCUUACGACACGUCGAUCUCUUCCUUAAACUUCAGUUCGGAUGGUAGUGCUCUGGCCAUUGGGUGCUCUUAUUUGGACGAACUGCCUGAACCACCGGCCACUGUGCCCAGCCCUGCCAUUUAUAUACGCUAUCCGACUGACCUCGAAACAAAGCAAAAGUAAAGACCACAACUUUUCAUAUCCCUUUGGAGAUAGCACAUAAACACAUGUUUUAAGCGAAUCGGGAAAUAAAUAGACAGGAUUACAGAUA